UUGGAGUCAGUUGCCGCCGAACGUUUGCCGAGUGUAGUUAGUAGUUGCUCUUUUGCUGUAAUUUGAAGAGGGCCCUCUGAGAAGAUGUGUCGCCAAAGUGCGUUUUGGGGGGUGCUACCCUGAGUGGAUCCUGCUGGUUUGUGAAGGAGGUGUUUGUGAGAGGGUGGCUGCAUAGAAGACUUGAACAGCAGCAGCAGCAGUGAUUCUGGGUAUCAGUCAUUGUGCAGUUUUGUGGAACGGGAAGCUCGGAACGCGGAACAAAGUUGAUGUGUUGGGCUUUUUCCAAGUGGAUUCUAACGUUGGAUUUUUACGGCCGACUGCUCGGUGUAUUGGUGAGUUUAGAAUUGGCUCAGCUGGAGCAGUGUGUUCCCGAAAAAUAGAAGAAAAAAAGCAACAUUCGCUAGAAGAUGGCAACAAGUGGCGCGCGUUGACCUAAUUCUGUUUUUGCUUGCCUUUAACCUUCACCCACCGAUCCCCGGAAGAACCUCACCGAGGAAAACUGUAUACGAUUGGAGUGGAAGCUAAGCUCAUCCCCCCUUUCCUGAGCUAGCUUUCGGGUGGUAUUUUGCCUAUGAAAAUUUUCACCUGCCGGGCUUCGGGAAACCAUUUCUCUGCACCUGAUGUUGACGAUGAGGGAAGGUCAACAGUCAGCUCCUUCAAAUCUCUCAAGGAAGCCUAGAAUCCCCACUGUGUCUACUGUGCUGUCUGUGUUUCUCACCAGCAACUGAAGGAAGCUAUCGGCCUUCACCAAGUGAGGGACAAAACACAAACACGACCUAGAGGUGACACCCACCCAAUCCAUAGAUUAACAGCAGCAGGAUGCAUGCAGUCAAGUGCGAUAAUUGCGAGUGUAUCCGGAAAUAGAGUCCAGCAACGACGAAUGGUGCCCCGUUUUAUUAUUGGUUUAACUUUAUUGGGAAAAAUAUUACACGGUCAUUUGGUCGAGCAUAACCUAGUCUAGUAGAAGCUAGCCGAGGUACCGAUCGACUGUAAGUGUAUUUUUAUGAGUGCGUCGUUCCCCCCGAAGAAAAGAAAAUUGAUUGAAUUAAGAGGCCAUCCCACAUGGAACGGCUCGGAAGCUAAAUACUAAAGUGAGGGUGCUUCCAUUAGUUUGUUUACCAAAUUUACGAGACACACUUGCUACGUUAGAAAGUAAAAAGGAAAAAAAAGUACACACACUCAUCUAUACAAAGCGAGUUUAAGUGCUUCUGAUAAGAAAGAAGAAAAAAACAACUUCGAGAAAUGUAAACGGAAUUGUGUCGCCAGGACCUCCCCCCCUCGCUUGAAGUGUAGAGGCUGACCGAUUGCUAGCUUUUGGGUGAACAAAACGGCGGUAUUAACAAAUAAGUGGAUUUUUUCUUCUUCCCUUUGGGGCAAAUUAUCGGCUAAUCAUCGUCGGCUCGGCUUUUAGACACUUCGUUAGUGCGGGGUGUUAGUUUGAUUGUAAUCCCCUGCCGUUGUCGUCGUCUUUCGUGUGGAGGUCUACAGAAAAAAGUGACCCAGGAACGUCUCCAGCGGCCUCACAAAACGAACUAAUGCACCAAAUAAAGAAGCACCAGGCAGCGGAGGAAGACGUGUAAGCUAAAGAGAAGGAAGAAACCUACGUUCCUGUCACUCACUAAUUCAGAAGCCAAAAAGCAGAAAUAGGGAAUUCAGUUGCCCCCCCCCCAUUUUCAAACGGAAACGGAAGGGGUGUGCCAAUGGGUGGUGGGUCACCUUGUGCUAGUGCGGCUCCAUAAAUGUGUGUUGUAUUGUGGGAUCCUUUGAAGUGCUUGUGCGGUGUAUGAAGGAACCAGGAGGCGGGGUCACACCGAUUCGCGGCUGCCGGCUGCCCUCUUCUUAAGUGAACGGAAACCAAGAAAGGAUAAUAAAGGCGCUGAGGGAGUGAAACCCAAGAAAAAAAGUCAAAGUCUCCUAUCCUCCACCUUCUAUUUUGAUCGGGGCCAACCGAAGGAAGUGGCAAAUUACAGGGCAGAAGUGAAUUCCCGGAUGGGUUUUGUGUCGGUCGGCCUGGCUCCCGGGGAUGAGAUUCUUUUGAAAACGGAAGCAUAUUAACGGAUGCCGGAAAGUCGUCGCUGCCAAGAAGUAAAAAUCUCCGGCAUUCGCUUUUUCCUUCUUCUUUUUUCGUGUCGUCGUCGUUAUUGCCGUCGACUUUUUUUUUCGUCGCCCUCGGUCUCAGCAAGCCAAGCCGUGUGGAUAGUGUCAAAGUUGUGGGGAAAAAUUACAGAGUGUCAGUGGCACGAGGAAAAUUGAGGGAAAAUAAUGUUGAUUUAUAACAAUUUCAUCGCUAUUGAGAUCGCCGGUGCCAAAGGAAGAGAAACAUAGAGAUUUUGACCCGGCCAUCAUCCCAUCAUUCAUCGUCAAGCACCCGGAGCAACGGUGGAGCAAUCAUGAGCCGGGAAAAUCUUCCGCCAUCCUGGGAAAAGCGGCGGCACAUGGGCUAGAUAAUACACAAGUGACAAGCAGCAGCCAGUCAGUCAGUUAGUGACUCGUGCGUCCGUCUGAAGAAGUCUGAGCAAAAAAAAAAAUAAAAAAUACACAAUAUAAAAAGUAAAUCAAGCAAAAGUUUGUCCGGCAACUUACCGAGACCGACAGGAGAAAAAAAAACUUGGGUUUGUAGCUCCGGAGAAGAAAAUUUGUUCGGGAAAGAAAGUAUCUUCCACUUUACUGUAUAUCUGGUACAUCGUGUAUCUGUGGGUGUUUAGCUGUGAAUGUAAUUUAAUGUUAAUGUGUUUGGUGAAAAUUUGAAGAUUUUGCACAAAAAAAAAGUUAGAAACGACUGUGUUAAUUAGCACAAAGAAGAAUUCGAUAAGUUUUCAAAGCAGAAACUUGUUCAACAAUCGCAAAGAAAAUCGGGUCUGGGAGUGCUGAACGAAAAAUUUCCAUCGACUGGGAAACGAACUUCAUCAUUAGCUAAGAGCUUAAUUCGAGAUCCCUUCUGUGGCCAACCAAAUUGAAGAUUCCUCACACGUGGAGCAGACGAGACGGCGCUGAAAGACUCACAUCAAACCUGCUGAAAUUCAUACGCUAGCGCCCUUGAAUGACUGACCGCCGCACCUGCUAUCGAAACCACCGACCAACGGGCUUAGCAUUGGCCAACGCUGGAACAUCUCCACCCACGCCUCGCUUGAUCACGUCCGGAUUCCGGGCCCUCCUGGUGGCGGCAUCGCACCCGGAUCACCAGCACCAGCGCGAAUGUACCACAAGGCAAGGGCCGGCCACUGCGGAGUAGAUGUGAAGCUGCUGGCCGACGUCGGAUACAUAGCGGAUCGAUUGCGCAGCCUUGAGCAGCGCUGGGAGCUGGCCGAGCUGAAAGACAUCCACAAGCGGAUCGUGCUCGGUCUGGAAGAACAUCCGGUGAAUGUGGUGCGAGCCAUCCAGAGCGAUCAGCUACGACCGGUGCAAUCGGAUCUUCACGGCCGUUCCCAGCUACAGCAGGAAGUCGAGCGAGCAGCCGAAGCGAGCCACGCAGUGGAAGCGAUCAAGCGCCAGCAACGGAUCGAGAACAGACGCCACUCAUGUAACGACAACGGCGACAUCGGCCUCUCAAACGAUGAACAGCUGCAAACCAAAUUAGCGCAAUUAGAAGAUUUUCUCAUCACAUUCUACCGUAGUUACGCCGAGGUACGGCGAGCAAGCCAAAAAUCCAAAAAGACUAAGAAACAGCGCGACUCGGGAUCACGCAAGAAGGUAUACCCAUUCCUGCCGUCUUCAUCAUCCACAUCAUCUUCAUCGCGAAAAGCGUCGAGCGAAGUCGACGGACUUCGAACCAAGUGUGAUAGCCAGUGUGCCACCAAGAGCGAACCCGCCAAAGAGCCAAAGCAACAAUCAUUCACUACAUCGCAGGCCGAUCGUACUAUGAACCAGGAUCGCGAACUCGAAGAUCCUAAUCUAGCAACAGCAGCAGAAGAAGCAGCAACAGCACAACAACAGCCCACAGUAGACCCACUACGAGAAACAACCGCUGACCAAUCGAACCAAGGUGACGAAGACAAUCAUCAAGGUGAUGCCAAACAGAACUCUCCUGCCAAAACGAUCAGCAACGGAAACAGCGUAUCAACGACCCCACAGCGAACGAGCAGCGAAGCAACCACCAAUACCAAUACCAAAGAAGAGGACGACGACGAUACGACCACGACGACGACGACGACGGUGGCCACAACAGCGAGUCAACAAACUGUAAUCAAUGCAGACGAACAGCAGGAACAGCAGCUGCAGAACCAACAACAAUCAACGACGGAACAACAGAAGCGACCGUCACUGGAUGCACCGACCUCGUCGCCCAUUUCGUCAGCUCGGAUCACCUACACCGGUUGCGAUGGGGACAGUACCGAACCGGACGAGGAGGAAGACGACGACGACGAUGACGAUGUGGGUACUACGGGUGCCGGUGGGGUCGAUACCGGCAGCGGCGGCGGCGGCAACGAAGCCUGUGGUCGCAACAAGCUGAGAAAGCGAAUCUCCGAGCUCACGAACAACGUUGCCAACGCCAAGCAGUUCCAGCAGCUGUGCGACAACAUCGACGCGAUCAACGACGUGGAGCUGCGGGCGCUGAUACGGGAGCUGAAGCGGAAGAUCGAGUUUGCCGAACGGAUGAAUUGGAUGUGUCUCUCGAGUCGUCCACGGGGUCCUCCUCAUCGCAAGACCAGCCUUCCGAAGCACUCGGACGUGAAGAAGCGCUUCCUGGAGAUUGCCGAUACGACCCUUUCGGAUGAAGUAAAGGCCGCCCUCCGGCUUCCGGCCUUCGAUUCCUACGAAUGGGAAGACUGGGACGUGAUCCACCUGAUGCAGACGAUGUUCGUCGAGCUCAAUCUGGUCGAGAAGUUCGAAAUUCCCCGGACAGUUCUCCGCGAAUGGCUCUACGAGGUGUACAAACAUUACAACGAUGUGCCCUUCCACAACUAUCGGCACUGUUUCUGCGUGGCUCAGAUGAUGUACGCCAUCACCUGGCACACGAAUCUGGUGCAGCGCCUGGGCGAGCUGGAGGUGCUCAUUUUGCUGGUAUCCUGCAUCUGCCACGAUCUGGACCAUCCUGGGUACAACAACAUCUACCAGAUCAACGCGCGGACCGAGCUGGCCCUGAGAUACAAUGACAUCUCGCCCCUGGAGAAUCAUCACUGUUCGAUUGCGUUCCGGCUGCUGGAGCAUCCGGAUUGUAACAUUUUUAGGAAUAUGGACAAAGAGCUGUACAAAGACGUUCGUGAGGGGAUCAUACGCUGCAUACUGGCCACCGAUAUGGCUCGCCAUAACGAAAUUUUGACACAGUUCCAAGAGGCUACACCGAUAUUUGACUUUAACAAUAAGGUUCACACGAAUUUACUCUGUAUGGUGCUAAUCAAGGUGGCGGACAUCUCGAACGAGGCCCGCCCAAUGGAGGUGGCGGAACCGUGGCUGGAUCGACUGUUGCAGGAAUUUUUCGCCCAAAGUGCUGCGGAAAAAUCGGAAGGUCUUCCGGUGACGCCUUUCAUGGAUCCGGACAAGGUCAGCAAACCGGGCAGCCAGGUUCGGUUUAUCGGGCUAGUUUUGUUGCCGCUGUUUGAGGCUCUAGGAGAACUACUUCCGGAACUGACCGAUAUGAUCAUCAUGCCGGUUCGGGUUGCGCUAGAUUAUUACAAGAAACUAAACGACGCCGCCCAACGGAAGCGACGUUCAAUCGCCGAGGAACUUUCCUCCGAAAACAACAGCACGGGAACGAUCGGAACCGGAACCGAUAGGACCACAACCGGCGGCAGCAGCGGAGCCGGGGGAGUGCUGAGCAGCAGUGGAACCCCAGGUGGUGCUGGAACCGGUAGUGGAACAGGGGGUGGUGGUUCAGCGACUGGAUCACCGCAGCUUCCACGAUCCCAGAGUGGUAUCAGCGUUAAGUCCAGACGUAGUAUCCCAUCUCAGCUAUCCGCCUCUAGAACUUCCAUUGACGAGUGCUUUCUCAUUACAGCGGAGCUGCACGAUCUUCCCGAGGGUAGCGAAAGCGGGGAUUCCGAGACGGCCACCGAAGUGGAUGUCGCGGAGAAAACGUCCAAGUUCAAGGUGGACACCGAGAGCAGCCACCGGAAGCAGUCCCAUCCGAGUUCGCGCAAGGGGAGCCGCGAGAAACGGCCGUCGAUGAUCGGCGAGUACUACACGACAGGUACACGCAUUCGUGGCUCCCACGGCAACAUUCAGCAUACUAAUCGAACGUAUUUUGGUUCAAAUCGCGCCAUUAGCUUAGACCAGUACUCGAACAGCCGCCGCAUGUCCGACGGGAUCCAGAUACAGACGGUCGUGUCCGACAACAGCGUGUACUAUCACCAGCGGCAGCACCGCAGUCUGGAGCACGAUUCCAAUGUUGGAAUAAUGUACUCGUCGUCGGACAAAAGUACCAGCUUGAACAGUACGAACGAACAGCAACAGCCGCCAACGCAAUCGCAGCCGCCCCACAUUCAUGGACCGUUUCAAUCUAGUCACCAUGCGCACUUUCAUCACCUUCACUACCAACAGCAGGCGGCGGCUGCCCUCCAUCAACUGAGGGCGGUGCAAGACUGUGAGAAUAUGAACUUUUGCGUUUCGACGGCGGCUGCGGCUGGUGCAACGACGGCGACGGCUGCUUCUGGCAAGUUGUGUGCUAGUAGUGUGAACAAUAACAAUAAUAGUAGUAGUAACAAUAACAAUAAAAGCAUUAGCAAACGGAUGAACUGGAGCCAGCAGCAGAAGCUGGAGAAGAUCCGGAAUGCUAGUAACAUCAAUAACAAUGCGGGCGGCGGCGGAGGAAGUGGUGGAGGUGGCGGCUGUGGAAGUGAGAUGGGCGGCAAGGAGGGCGUGGUGGGCGGCCAAUCCAGUGGCAAGGGCGGUGAAGGUUUGAACGGAACCAAUGGGAGCGCGUCGAAAUCAAUCAUAUCAAGACUGAGACAACUGACUGGAAGAUUGAGCUUUAACUUCGACUCGAAGGAAUCGAAGAAGAUGCAGAAAAUGACUGCCGUCGUUGGAGCCGAUGAGGAGGCUAAUGAACCGCACCUGGAGGGUACCGGGAAUGGAGGCUGUGGACCACAAGGCAAGAAGGCCCGGGUGCUGGAAAAAUCAAAAACUGUGGAUGUUGGGGGAUCGGUGGCCGUUUGUGGUGGAAGUGGCGCGGAUUAUUGCUGCUCGGGAGGCGUGAUCGUUAGUCAACCGAAGUCGAUUUCACCAAUAUUGAUGCACCAUCGAAACAGCGAUAUUAUUAGUACGAUCAAUGCCGCCCGGAGUAGGGCGUACAGUUUGGAUGUGCCAAUACCGCGGAAUUGUUGUCGGAGUUUGAGUGGAAGUACGGCAGGUGGUGGCGGAUCAAGUUGUGGUGGAAGCCACAAAAGUUUAACCUUUUCGCUGAACAAAUCGCUCAAUGAGGAAGGCAAUGAUGCUACGAUCAGCAGCUCAGGAGGUGGCGGCGGUUUGCGGCAACCGCCUCAGGAUGACAGUAACAAGUGUGAGGGUAGCAUAGGCGAAACCAUUUGACAACACCCGUACGAGCCAUCGUUGCAGGGUAUCCUGCUCGCGUCGAGUUCUCUGCAGACUGAUUCUCCGACACCUCCUCCAUCGCAGCUUUUGCUUCAGGCUAGCAGCAGCUCCGGCGGAAGUCACUGCCCCUUGCAGCAGCUGCAGCAACACCAUCAGCAUCAGCACCUGCAUCACCACCAUCAUCAUCCGUGCCAGCAGCGAAGGCAAUCAUCGCAGGACUUCGGCAAUGCCGGUGGAGGUGCUUCUGGCGGUAGCGUUGGAGGAGCAGGAGCAGGAGGAACUGGAAGUGCUUCGCUGAGGGCUCCGUACGCCGAAUCGGAGUCGAUCUCGUCCAAACACACCUCGGUACUGGCUAGCUACUGGAUGUGUCUGACGGAACGGAUGAGCUCACUGAUCUGCAAAUGCUGCGAACGGACCCUUCCGCCAGCCGAGAGCGUCUGAAAGCGGGAGCAAAUCUGGACCACGAUGUGCUGUGAUUGAUUAGCUGGCUGAAGAUCUAUCUGAGGAACUCGAAUGAUCUGCUUUUCUUAAGUUUGCGUUUUUUAAAGAUUUCUUUUAAUUUUUUAUUCGUUUAAAUUUUAGAUUGACUGAGUGCUUUUACUUUUUUUUUAAAUAAUCUAUUAUUCAAAUAGAAUUUCUAUUUAACAAAUUUUUUAACAAAUUCUUUCGCAUUUCUUUCGUUUCAAAACUUCUUUUAAGAAUUUUUCUAUUGUUUUCACUUAUCCCUCAGUUAUCGUUACAGGUGAGUUGCAGAUUUCAAAUCGAGCGGAAUUCCUGUUUGUUAGGCUCAAUGUGUGAAGUCACAUUCUGUGUCUAGAUAUUGUUUAGAGCGUAGACAAACUAACAUAUUUAAAAGAACCAAAAGACCACAGAUAUACUACCACCAAUACAACAUUAAUCUGAACUAAGCCACGUUGUAAGUCGUGAAUAUGGAAACCGAAAAAAAAACAGCAGCAGCAUUUUUGAAACAAGCAACAAAGAAAUAAUAGUUAAUAAAUCAAUUUCCUGCUACUCUAACAAUAACAAAGUACUUAAUCUGUGAAGAAAGAUUCGGUUUCCGUCUCGAAGGAACCAAACUG